UGUUUCAUCAUCAUCAUCAUCAUCGUCGUCUUCAUCACGAUGUGUCCUCUGGUCUCGCGGAUUGUCCUCGCGCUCCUGUGUGUGUGGACGUACCUGUGCCGUGGACAGUGCGCGCUCCUGAGGACAGACACGAGCUCUGAGCGGAGGACAGUGGACAAACAUCACGAGGACACGCUGACGGAACACAUGCAGCUGCUUUAUGACAAAUACACGCGCGCGGGCUUUUCCUUCAGAGACGGAAACACGGUCCGGAGCUUCAAAGCACACCGCGGUUCCGUGGACAGGAAGCAGCUGCAGAUCUUUAAUCUCACGUCUCUCACUAAGUCUGAGGACGUCCUCUCAGCCACGCUUCAUUUCUACGUCACAGAUCUUCACAAGGCCACACGGGGGGGCUGCGGUCACCGCGGCCCGCGGGGACACAGCCACGUCCAUGUGGUGAUCUGGAGCUUCGGCUCCGUGGCCGACGAGCCGCGGACACUGGGACAGUUCCACGUGAACGUGUCCACGCCCCACAGAGGCGGGGUCUCGUGGCAGUGGAAGGACAUCACGCGCGCGCUCACCGAGGCCAAACAUCGCGGCGAGCUGCUGAUCGGCAUCGACGUGAAGAAGAAGCUGCCGUCGCGGCGCUCGCCGUACAUCCUCGUCUACGCCAACGACUCAUCCAUUUCUGAGCCCGAGAGCGUGGUCGCCACUUUGCAGAGACACCGCGCAGUGGGCGGAGACUCCCUUGGCUCCGCCCCACACAGUUUCCUCAGACUGGGUGAGCGGAACCAGACGCGGCGCAGACGCUCGGUCGACGUUCUGCUCCCGCUACAAAACAACGAGCUUCCCGGACCCGAGUAUCCGUACGAGACGGCGGGCUGGGACGAGUCCGGUCCUUACCGACCGCUCCAGAACAAACGGGGGCGGCGACCGCGGAAGAAGACGCGCAAGAAUCAGCGGCACAAGGUUCCUCUGCUGCAGUUUGACGAGCACACGAUUAACACGGCGAGAAAGAAGCAGUGGAACGAGCCGAGGAACUGCGCGCGCAGACACCUGAAGGUGGACUUCGCUGACAUCGGCUGGAGCGAGUGGAUUAUCUCACCGGAGUCGUUUGAAGCCUUCUACUGCUCUGGAUCCUGUCAGUUCCCCAUGCCCAAGUCUCUGAAGCCGUCGAAUCACGCCACCAUCCAAAGCAUCGUGCGAGCGGUGGGCGUGGUCCCCGGGAUCCCUGAGCCGUGCUGCGUCCCGGAGACGAUGUCCUCGCUGAGCAUCCUCUUCUUCGACGAGGACAAGAACGUGGUAUUGAAGGUUUAUCCAAACAUGACGGUGGAUUCCUGCGCCUGCAGAUAGUUUCACGUUUCCUUUAACUCCUCCUCCUGCUUCACAUCACUGGGGUGGGCGGAGCCUGGUGUUAACGCUAAAGAGGAUGCUGCUCACAGGUCAUGUAACUUUUUCUCGUGGACGUUAAAGAGGAAGAUUAAAUAUCCGUGAUGUGAUAAAAGCCACAUUUCUGCGUUUAUCAUAAACUCUGAAGUGGGCGGGGCGUUAGGGUUGGGGGGUGUGGUUUGCUCACACUUGUGUAUUUAUGUCACUGUUGUUCACCAUGACAGAACUUUAUUGAUUCUAUUCAAAUGUUAGAGAGAAUAUUUCACACUGAUUAUUUAAAACAGACGACAUUAUUAAAGUUUUAAAAUGUGUGAGCGCCCCCUGCUGCUGACAUCCUGGAAUCUCACAAACAAACAGAUUUGAUCACAUGAUCACGUCUUUAUCUCACUGUUACACACACACACACACUCACACUCAGCUGCUGGUCCUCUGCCGCCUCGUGUGGUCACUGAUUUCCACUCUGGACUUUGGUGUAGGAGAGUGAGUGUGUGUGUGUGUGUGUGUGUGUGAGUCUCAGGCUGUCAGCAGCAGGGGGCGCUCACAGCUUAAAGCUUAUUGUUUGUUUUUUUGUUUGUGAUUUUUCAGUUUCUUUUUUACUUUGAAACUGACAAUAGAUUUUUUUUAAAUAUAGACGAAUAUUAUUUAGAAAAAAAUAUUCUAUCGUUUUUAUAAAAAACAUAAAGCAGAUUCUUUGUUUAGCAGAUUUUUUAUUUUUAUAAUUAAAAGAACAAAUAUGAUGAAUAAAUACCAAGUAUUAGACGGAUCAGACGUCACCUGAUCAGGAAAUGAAGUUUUCACAGGUUGGAUGAUGUUGGUUAAACUAGUUUUGCUAACUAGUGAGUUAGUGUAGAUGGUUAGUGAUGCUUCAUUACUAAUGCUAACUACCAUUAAACACAACUAAGUUACUAGUUAACUCCUCCCUCAUCAUUAGUAUGUUUGUAUUUUCUACAUAAAUCAUUGAAGUCACAUGUCCACAGACACCAGCAGGGGGCAGCACUGUGUGUGUGUGUGUGUGUGUGUGUGUGUGUGAAGCUUCCAGUCUGCUAACUUUCUACAUCCCAGUGGUGAGGGGGGCGUGCCUUCUGAGACCAAAGGUCAACGCGUCCAAACAUCAAAACAAAUGAAACGACUGUGGGCGGUGUUUUGUGUGAUGACAUCACACUGAAGUGCUUUGUGAUUGGUGGAUAUUCUGAACUUUUUUAUGCUACAAACACAAAAAAGUUUGAUUUAUUCUCAAAUGUAUUUUUUACUAUUUUCAUAUUUCAGCGACAUUUAUUUUGUGUCGAUAGAUUAAAGCAGAUUAAGUUUAUAUUUCUACACUUUUCUCUGUCAUCAUGGAUGUUAGCGUUAGCAGCUGCAGUGUGGUGGCGCUGCAGUGUGGUGGCGCUGCAGCCUCCUCUGGUUUCAGUCAAAUUCAGCAGGUUUUUGUAAAAUAAGCUUCGUAAAUAUAUUUGUAUAUGAAAUGACUUUUAAGCAUCUAUUUAUUUUCU